AUGGAGAAGUAUCGAGAAAAGCAAAUAGUUUUACACAUGUUGUUUAUAGACCUAGAGAAAGCAUAUGAUAGAGUGCCGAGACAGGAAGUGUGGAGAUGUAUGCGCCAGCGUGGAGUGACAGAGAAAUAUGUGAGAAUGAUUCAAGAGACUUAUAAGAAUGUUUCCACCAAGGUCCGAUGCACAGUAAGAAUGACAGAUUGGUUUGAGGUGAUGAGCCACCAUGGUGCAUACUAUAUGUCGAUGACAUCUGCAUUAGAGAGUAGAGGGCUAAAGAUAAGCAGGAAAAAGACGAUACAAAUAGAUGGAUUGAACCUGAAGAGAGUGGACCACUUUAAGUAUUUUGGAGUGAUGGUUGAGGAAGAUGGCAGCAUGGGAAGAGAGAUUAAACACCGGAUUCAAUGUGGUUGGAAUAAUUGGAAAAAGGUUUCGGGAGUGAUUUGCGACAAGAGAAUGCCUGUAAAGUUGAAGGGAAAGGUGCAUAAGUCUGUGGUCAGACCAGCUAUGACCUAUGGUUUAGAAACUGCACCACUGAGAAGAGUUGAAGAAAGAAAAUUGGAUGUUGCUGAAAUGAAAAUGCUCAGAUGGAUGAAGGGGGUUACAAAGAUGGACGGCAUAUGGAAUAACUAUCUAAGCGGAUCAAAGAGUAUUCAGGAUUCAAGACUGUGA